UGCACAGUCCCCUUCUAUAGCUUCUUCGAGCGCGACAGAACCUCUGUAUGGCAAAUUCUCAGAUCUCAGAAGAGAGAAAAGGGCAGACGGUUGACAUAAGCUGUGUUGUCAGCAACAUUACGCACACGGCUGAACGCUAAAGGGGAUUGUCGAGUUAAAGGAGAAAAGAAAGUUAAAGAGUGAAGACAUUUUGACUGUUGAGGAAUUUAUUUAAACAAGUGCACCUCUACUCCCUUUUCUGACACCACUGAGAUUGGAUUAGCCUUUUGCCGGAUCAGCAUUUUAGGAGAACUUUUAUCCAGCAUGGAACCUGCCCAAUCAGAGAUGAGCAUCCUGCCCAAUGGGAAGAGUCAUGACCUGGCGGAAGACAUGUGUGUACCAGUGAAGACCUUGCUUGAGAAGGAGCAUUGCCAUGAUGGAUCUUUCCCUCCCCUUCCUGCCGCCCUCAGCAAUGGUACUCACAGCAGCAGAUUUGAUGACCCAGAGGGAGCAACAGCAGAGAGUGAGGAGUUCUUGCCCAACGGUGAUGGCAAGAAGCCUGUACGCUUCACUGACUUUGAAGGGAAGACCUCGUUCGGCAUGUCUGUAUUCAAUCUGGGCAACGCCAUCAUGGGAAGUGGUAUCCUCGGACUGGCAUACGCCAUGGCAAACACUGGUAUCCUGCUGUUUCUGUUCCUUCUGACCGCAGUGGCUUUACUCUCAUUGUACUCUGUCCAUUUGCUGUUGAAGUCUGCUGGAGUUGUGGGGAUCCGGGCAUAUGAACAACUGGGCCAGAGGGCUUUUGGUACACCUGGCAAGAUGGCCGCUGGCAUUGCCAUCACCCUGCAGAACAUUGGAGCCAUGUCCAGCUACUUGUACAUUGUUAAGUCUGAGUUCCCACUGGUCAUCCAGGCUUUCCUGAAGGCGGAAGACACAUCUACAGAGUGGUAUUUAAAUGGCAAUUACCUCGUGGUGCUGGUCACUAUCUGCAUUAUUCUUCCUCUGGCCUUCAUGAAACAGCUUGGUUACCUGGGCUACACCAGUGGCUUCUCACUCAGCUGUAUGGUCUUCUUCCUGACUGCGGUCAUCUACAAGAAGUUCCAGAUCCCCUGCCCCUUUGAGGACUACACGAGCAAUGCCACAAAUGUGCACGUUAUCUCCAACGUCUCAUUGGUUGACCAUGGCCACGCCUACCACAACGCGCAUGUGGAGGACGACUCCCACUGCGGCCCGCGGUUGUUCACGAUCAACUCGCAGACAGCGUACACAAUCCCCAUCCUAGCAUUUGCUUUUGUGUGCCACCCUGAGGUGCUGCCCAUCUACACAGAACUGCGCAACCCCACCCAGAAGAAGAUGCAGCACGUGUCCAACAUCUCCAUCCUCAUCAUGUACACUAUGUACUUCCUGGCUGCGCUCUUUGGCUACCUUACCUUCUACGACAAAGUAGAGCCAGAGCUGCUGCACACUUAUAGCCGCAUCGACCCCUUUGACACGCUGAUCCUGUGCGUCCGAUUGGCUGUGCUUACUGCUGUCACUCUGACUGUGCCAAUCGUGUUGUUCCCGGUGCGUAGAGCGAUCCAGCAGAUGGUCUUCCCGACGAGUGCCUUCAACUGGCUCCGUCACAUCGGCAUCGCUCUCAUCCUCCUCACCUUCAUCAACAUGCUUGUCAUCUUUGCACCCAACAUCCUGGGCAUCUUCGGCAUUAUUGGUGCCACCUCUGCCCCAUGCCUGAUCUUCAUCUUCCCUGCAGUUUUCUACAUCCGCAUCAUUCCCAAAGACAAAGAGCCCAUGAACUCCACCCCUAAGAUUGUGGCAAUGGCUUUUGCUGCUCUAGGUGUCCUCUUCAUGUCCAUGAGCUUGAGCUUCAUCAUAAUUGACUGGACAACAGGCACCAGCAAUGCGGGAGGCGGCCACUAGGGGGCUCUUCAUUUGGUGUGUGCGUGAAGUGUAUGCGUGCGUGAAGUGUAUGAGUGCUUCUGAGAAUGUGUGAGUGUGCCUGUGUGUGUGUGUGUGUGUGUGUGUGUGUGUGUGCGUGCGUGUGUGAGUGUGUGUGUGUGUGUGUGUGUGUGUGUGCGCACGCGCAGUGGCCGGGCUAGGGAUAGGUCAGUGGAUGGAAGCAGUGAUGAAGGGUUUGAGGGGGCAUUUUGGGGGCAAAAUGCCCAUUUUUCAUGGGCAUUUUGUUUUUACUCUGAUCACACGGAAUGUUCUCUUCACCAAAGCAGUUAAAGAGAGAACAGUCAUUUUUUUUUCAGAAUCUCCAGAGGGCUUAAUCCACUCUUAGGGCAGGCCUUUUAUAUACUGUUAUAGAAUAAUCAGUGUUGAUCUUGCACUUUUAAAUUCUUUGUCAGACCUGGAUAAAUAAACUUACCAAACGGCAGUAAUCAGGUCUGGCCAAAGAAAUGAAUAGCAAAACAAGCAAAGAAAUACAAACAACAACAAAGAAGUCAGUUCUAAUCUCCCUAAUGUUUUAAAUCAGGGCUGCUCACACACAUCUUUAAAUUCACCAAUCACUACAUUAAAACAAAACUUCCCUGUAGGGAAUGAUGCUGAUCUGGACGAUGAAAAAUUCGGAAAGUGCUUUUCUGGUCUGCAGCUCAUUGACAGCAUCAGGUUGUCCCUAGGAGGGAAGUAAUGAUGUAUUCACACUCAGACUAAUAUAUCCUAUACUGUCAGGGAUGUAGUGGAGGCUAAACGCAAGUAAACACAGUUUAUCCACCUCGGAAAUUUCAUUAAUAGAGUUUAUCCACCUCUUAUUAGACUCAUCACUCAUCAACACUCUAGGAACCAUUUAAUACCACUGGUGAUAUAAACAUUGGACAAUAACCUCCACCAUCAUCAAACAUGAUCUGAAUGGCUUUUUAAAAAAUCCGAUACAGCAUAGCGCAGUCCACCUCACCAAGAUCACAGAAAUCAUAGUUUACCCACCUCUUAUUUUACCACUACAUCCCUGCUUACUGUCUACCAAUUCACCAUUUCAUCAACCCCAUUCUCUUGGUGGCAGCCACCGGCCCUGGCCCCAUAUCAAACCUGUGGAUGUACAUGAGCACAAACCACAGCUAGUGCAGCACCCAUGCACAGCACAAACUUAAGUAGAAUUUUGUACACUUCUUUUUGGUAGGGAAACUCAUAUUAUUGUUUCAACGUGUGUAUGUACAGUAUGUCGUGUUAGGUACUUAUAUGUAUAUACGCACACACAUAUAGACACAGAAGCUUAAGUUACAUUAUUUUAUUAUUACAGAAUCGAAACUAAUGUGAUUUUUUUAGCUGAAUAGUGUCUCAGUUAAUGCUAUUUUUUGCAGAAAAGGGAGAGAGGUGUCAGUUGUGACAGUGUCAAUAUGUCCUAGACCUACUGCAUUAUGUGCCUAAGCAUUAAACCAUCAUAAACCGAGUCAGGCCCUUGCCCUCCUGAUCUCUACAUAAUAAAUUAUUCAAGAGAUUCAAAAACAGAAAUAAUGAAAACCUCAAAAACAUAAUAUCUAUUUAUUUUAAUAUGUAUCAAGACAGGUUAUACGUAUUUCAUCAGAUAGUGUGUAAAGAGCACUUUAUGAUCAUAUACUUUAUAAUCUAUUUCAGUGCCUGUUGUGUAUAUUGUGUAGAGGCAAGAGAGAGCAUGACAUGCAUCACUUGGUGCAAGACAACAGUCUCAGAAAAACAGACAUAAUCUAGAACUUUUACGACUGACCCUAAAAGCCUUCAGUAUUAUUUGCUGGUCAAAGGGUUUGGCUUCAGGAUACCCAAAAACCACAUGUGAGAUAAAGGCCUUCUCUGUAAGAAGAUGUGGGGUGUUAUACCUAGAUCGCAAAAGAUGCCUCUCCUGAGAGUAUUAUAGAAGACCUGUGGAGUUGCGUAGCCAGGUGGGUGAGGAUCAGGUGACCUGCUUUGGGCUCCCAGACUGCUGAGGCCCCUGUGAGAGGCAUCAGCCCACAAGCAAAACCACCUCUCACCAGCCAGUAUUUGCUUGGAGCAGGUGAUGCGCACCCAAUUCCAGUUCAGUUUUUGGCUGUAGACAGGCAGACAAAUAUUAUUUUUGGCUAAGGAAUAUAUAUUUUUUUUAAUUGCAGCGCUAAACAUGUGUUCUGUCCCAGCAGUGGAUACUGAGUUGUGUAUAUUGAUGCGUCCUACUUUUAUGGUUGUUCAACUCCACACACCUAUUGCCCAGGUUCGGAUCUAGACUGCUCAGAUUGGGGGAGCAAAUGUGUGGUACGGUUGACAUCUUUUCACACAGUUGACUAUACAACAGUGUAGAGCUGUUUAAAUGUACAACAGGUAUAGUUACUCUUACACAUAACAACUCUACUUUUACAUGAUAGGCUCCCUUGUAUCUGGUGUUUAACAAAGCUCUCAGUACUAAAAUCAAAUUUCAGUGUCUGCGAUUUCAUUCACAAAAUAUUUGCAUGUAACAUUCAGGAGAAGAUAUCAUUUUUUUCAAAUGUAUGUCAGUUAAUGGUCUGUCAGUGUGUAACACAAUUGGAUAUUUGAUUGCUGUACAAUGAAAUAUUGGUAUAUUUGUGUUCUAUUAAAUGUCUCAUUGCUGUUCAGUAUGGCCACUCCACAGUGGCUGUUGUCUUUGUUAACCCAGUAAUAAAAACUCAACACUUUUUUUUGGAACUUCAGUCAUUAUACCUCAUGCUGUAAGCAGUUAUGACCUGCCUUUACUGAUGAUUGUCUUCAGUGGUGCCAAAAAAUGAACUUACCUUCCUUCCAAUUCUCUUUUUAAUUUAAAGCGUGCCCACUUUUUCCCCUCACUUCUUUUCAGAGUGCAUAUAAUCUGUUCAUAAAAUGUUUCUCUGUUUUUGUUGUUCUCAUUGAUCUUGUGUAUGUACAACAUUUAGUAAUUGAUUUUUUAAAAAUAUAUAUUUUAAAUGAAUACAAACAUUGUUUAUGGAUCUUUGGGUUCCUCCUGUUGCAUACGUAAAUUAUGUCCCAUGUAUAUAAAAACUACUGCCUCUAUAUUUCAAGAAUAUUUAGCUUGUAUAGUGUAAAUAGCAGUUGUAGUUUGACAAUAAAAACAAAUGUAUUUGUUUUUAAAAACCCGAA